CGUCAACUUCUCGAGCGAAGGGAACUCACUCUCCUUUUAUUGAUUGUUACGGCGCCUUCAUGCAGUCAGCCUGAUCGACACCCACGCCAAUCUCUUCUUCGGCCGAUUCCUCUCACCCUGAACACCCUUUUCCCAACUACCCCCCUCCUCCCACUGCUACCCCGCCUUCGAUGGGCAACAACCCUUCCAAAGGUCCAUCCGGUGAUGGGCCGGGCCAUAUCUCUCAUACCGCCGGCGAGCGCAAAGUCGUGCGUCGCACCUCGUUGAAUGCCAUCGCGAAUCCCAAGGCGACCGUAGCCGACCCAUCUGCUACCAGGGAGACAGCCGCCGGGCACUCCGCCUCUUACCAGGGCUCCGUACAGCAGCGACUACAAUCGCGAACCCCUGCCGAUUCUCCAACCAAAGCCGCCAGCAAAACCCCCAGGCCCGAUGGGAGGAGACCCGAGUAUGCGCAAGGCCGGAAUGUCGCUCCGCAAGAUCACUCGAACCCGAUGCGGGUGCCCACCGCGCGCCCGGCCGCGGGGCGCGACCCUGUGGCACCUUCAGGUCCGCCACUGAGCUCGUAUUAUAGCGCAUCGACGCAUCUGCAGCGACCCCCGCGUAUGCCAUUGCCCAUUGGCGAUGCCACGACCACGCCCGGCUCGCCUAUCAGCGGACCCGAGGAUUCGCAUAUCCAAUCGCUUCCGGCGGAUCGGCUUCUGGAUGAGCAGAUGGACCCUGGAGCGUCCAAUUUGAGCAGUGCGACUCUGGACGGCGAGGAGAUUGUGGAUGAGCUGCAGCCGUACGCUAGUAGUGGAGUCGGGAAGGCGGUUGCUACUUACAUUGAGUGGUCUGGACCGGGUCAGAAGGUCUAUGUCACUGGUACUUUUGUCAAUUGGGAGAAGAAGUUUAAGCUGCACCGAAGUGAAGGUGAAGGCGCGGUCAUGUCGACAACCCUGAACCUGCGACCCGGUACACACCACCUCAAGUUCAUUGUUGAUGGAGAAAUGCGAGCGUCGGAUACUCUCCCUACUGCAGUCGAUUUCACCAACCACCUAGUCAACUAUAUCGAAAUUAGCGCCGAUGAAAACGACAGUAUCCCGGCAGGUGUUCAUGCCUCACACACUCUACCAGACAGCUCCAAGGACGGUAAUGCCGAUGACGCGACGGAUGACCAGCCCAACAAGGAAGAAGUCGAGGAGGAAGUGCCUCCUGGCGAUUUUGGGCGUGCCAUUCCUCAAUUCCUCGCCGAUUUAGACAAGGAUGAGGAUAGUGCUGCUUAUCUCCAGGCAGCGAAUGUCAUCAGUGACACGCCCACUCCACCCAGUCUGCCGCUGUUCCUGGGUAAAUCAAUUCUCAAUAGCAACACGCCUACCAAGGAUGAUAGCAGUGUUCUGAACUAUCCCAAUCACACCGUUUUGAAUCAUUUGGCGACGAGCAGCAUUAAGAAUGGUGUUCUGGCUACCAGUGUUACGACCAGAUACAAGCGCAAGUAUGUUACAUCCAUUCUGUACAAACCGACCGGCGACAUUACCGAGUGAGCGUUGCCUCGAAAAAGGCGCACCGAAAGUCUGCUUCGAGGGAUGAAGCGACCUCGACGGGGUUCCAAAAGAUGCAUGUUCAGAUAGACUGCGUGAAGCUUGGCCUAGCAUGAUCUGCGGGCAUAGCUGUCUUGUCACUCGAACAGCAGUGGGCUCGCCUCCACACGGGCUCUGGUUAUCCUUCAUAUGACCUUCAGGGAAUAGAGAAGAGAAAGGCAAGCUGUGAUGGAAAGGUGGCUUGGGCCAUAAUUUGCAUGAAGUUGACGGCGUUGAUGCACUGAAAUCUUGGGAGGGUUUACAUGGGAGCUGGAGUUUUUUUUUUUUUCUGCGAUCAUGCAAGCGAGGUCCAUAGUUAUGGCCGCGUUGGAGUACUUGGAUUCUCUUGGCGAGUACAAAGUAUUUGAUUUCCAGUUUUUCAAAUAUAACUUUUAUUCUGUACUUGUUAUUUUACUCGAUACCUUAUAGUUGAUGAUUGAUGGAAGGAUAUAGGAGCCCUAAUUGACACUCGAAGCUUCUUGAAAGAUGCCCUUUACCCUGGAUAUGCUUGAUCAUUACGCGUGAUAUCUUAACUUCUAUUUCCUUUUCAUCCUCAAUCCUCCCGCCAUUUGACAAACACCUCAUCCGUCCGGAAUCGCUGGGUGCAAGUCGACUCCUUUAGGGGAGUCCGGAAGCCCGUCUUGUAUGCCAGCAUGCCAGCCUGUGCGAUCAUAAUGCCAUUGUCAAUACAGAACCGCUCAUCGGUCGCAUAGACACUGCCACCUCGAUCCCGAGCCAUAAUACCCAUCAUCUCCUGCAGUCGUUCAUUCGAGCCCACACCACCAACAAUCAGCACUUGCUGGGAGCCCACGUGGGCCAUAGCGCGCUCAGUAAUCUCCACCAGCAUCGCGUAGACCGUCUCCUGGAGGGAGAAACACAGAUCAGCCCUGGUAGGCUUGCCAACCGUUCCCGGGAUGAUCUGCGCCUCUUCGGCCUGAGAUGCUUGCUUAUCCGCAUCCUCCUUGGCGGCUUCUUCGCCGCCCAACCCCAAUUGCGAAGCCAAGCUAUCGAUUGCAGCUAGUAGUCCUGAGAAUGACACGUCCAUGCCUUUCACCACGUAUGGUAGAUCGACGAGCUGUUUGCCUUGCUUGGCUAGUUGUUCGAUAUUAUAUCCCGGUGCCGGGUCGUUGGAGAUGUGUAAUGUGCGCGCGAAGCGAUCCAGACAGUUGCCGACUGCGAUAUCGAGGGUUUCUCCAAAGAUGCGGUAUCUUUGCGAACUAUAGGCAAUGACUUGCGUGUUGCCGCCGGACACGUAUAGGACGACUGGGUUGGUAGCGCCGGUAAUGAGACGGCCCAUUUCGAU